CUGACAGAUGUCGCUCGCUCGUCGCCAUUAUGUCAUAUUGAAAUUCAGAAUCGCGCGGACGAACAAUUAUUUAUUCGUUUUUAUUAUUUAUGACAUUGACUCCUCAUGCACAGUUCAGCUUUACAAAUAUUUAAACGGUUUCAUAAACCAAAGUUAUUAAACACUGCAACUGAAGCAAAGGUUCGCUACAUAGACUUUCUGUUUAUCAGAAGUAAAACUCAAAUAGCCAUGCUAGAUGACGAAAAGUUAAGGGAUAUGGAUGUUUCCACACAACAAGAAAUUAAUAUAUUAUCCUGGCUGCAUACUAUGGCUCCUGCAUUUCCAGUAAAUGGCUCCAAGAUCACUAUAAUCCACAAGCCACAAGUAUUUUACAAUACUCUGCUGAAAAAAUGUAAGAAUGCCAAGAAAAGAAUCACGCUCGCCUCAUUGUACUUGGGCACUGGUACAUUAGAGUCUGAAUUAGUGAAUGUGAUACAGCAAGUUAUAAGUACGAACCGCGGUAACGUGCAAGUUCAGAUUUUGCUAGAUUAUAUGAGAGGUUCGCGGGGUAAGCAGAACUCCCGAAAGAUGCUGGAGCCGUUGCUAAAGGGCGAAUACGGCGAUUGCUGCAAGGUUUUUCUUUAUCACACGCCGAAACUGCGUGGUAUCAUGAAAGCGGCGAUUCCUGAUCGUUUCAACGAGCUCAUUGGCUUGCAACAUAUGAAACUGUAUAUGAUCGACGACGAUCUUAUUAUUAGCGGGGCAAAUCUUAGCAACGAUUACUUCACAAAUCGGCAAGAUCGAUACUUUGUAAUCGAAGAUUGCGGAGAGUUAUGCGACUUUUAUCAUAAACUGAUUGAGAAAGUGUCGGAAUUUAGUUUUCUCUUGCAACCAAAUGGCGACACAAGUUUGAAUCUUGCCGCAAACUACCAUCCUUAUAAAGGAUCCCGGAGAAUCUUCACCAAAGAAGCCGCGAUGAGAAUACAGACACUUUUCCAGGAUGAGAUAGAGAAACGUGCUAAUCUGAACAAAACUGAUGCAGACACGUGGAUAUUCCCACUGGUGCAAAUGGGCCAGUUGAAUAUCUGCCACGAUAGUGAGGUGACGUUGAAACUCUUGCAGACCGCUUCAGCCGGUGCCACGCUCAAGCUGGCGACUGGUUAUUUCAACCUGACCUCCGACUACAGUUGGGCUGUACUCAAAGAUUGCCGGGCGACAUGUCAUCUUCUAACAGCACAUCCCACUGCCAAUGGCUUUUUUAACGCUAAGGGAAUUGCUAGAGGAAUUCCAGCGGCGUACACUCGGAUAGAAGAAUCUUUCUACGAUUUAUGUGAGAGCAUGAAUCAACAGAAGCGGGUAAAAUUGUGGGAAUUUGUAAAACCGGGUUGGACGUAUCACGCGAAGGGUCUCUGGUACACUUUGCCGGGUCAAAAGCGACCUUCGUUGACUCUUGUAGGUUCACCGAACUUUGGAUAUAGAUCAGUGAAUAGAGACUUAGAGACGCAAGUCGCUCUAGUAACAAGAAACAAAAAGUUGCAAGACGCUCUACAUGAAGAGCAAGCGCUAUUGUUCUCCUGUGCGAAACCCGUGACGAAAAAGACCUUUUCGCAGCAGGAUAGAAUACCAUCGGCUUGGGUGUGCGCGAUCGUGCUUUUCUUUCGCUACUACUUCUGAAGUCCAAACGUCUUCGCGAGAACUUAUUGUGUUAAUUUAUUUAAUUCUAGUUGCAAUGUGUUCCCAAAUAAGACCGUGUAAUAAAGUUUGCCAGAAUGGUUGACUAGCGCGGAUCUCGAAUAGUUUAUAAAUAUUACAAAUCGAAAUUCGAAAUUUGACUUCUAUGAUCUUUUAUAAAUUCUACAAAUUUACAAAUUCUACUAUACGCGCGCGCGCGCGUUAUAUAAGACGCGCGUGAAAGAAUUUUCGAGUUGUGAGAUUAAAAGAAGAUUCAAUCCUUUUCUGUCCUGGAAUUCUGGAAUUCUUGAUAUAUAUAAAUUUCAUGUAUAUACAUUCCAUAAAUUAUUUCACAUGAGUGAUAAAUUAGCAUUUUAUCCUGGAAAUUAUAAUAUUGCCAAAUUGAAUAAUUGAUAGCUCUAUUACUUCUUCCUGAGCUAUCCGGUAAGGGAUGUGAUAAAAUUUACUAUUGUUACAAUGCCGGCGCCUCUUGCGCAGCGCCGGAGACGCGAAAGCAAUUUUAACACGAACGUUACACUGAUAAUAAUAAUACAGUGGUGAUUGUCCGUUAUCAAUCAUGAUGCACAAAAUUGAGACAAUUGCAACGACUAUUCAAUCGCUGCAACUAUCGACGACGGCAACGAUGACGACGACGACAACGAUGGCUAAGAUCACGAUACUGUGCAGAUAGAAACUGGCCUGUAUCUUGCACUUAGAGAUUUCCAAGACCGACAAAUGCACAGCAAUUAACAAUUGUCCGCACAGAUUUAUUUCUCGUCAAGUACAAAUGUUUCCUCUUUGACGAAAAACUCCACAACCUCCUCUUCCACGUUCUUCGAAUCGGAAUCUAGUUCAUCGGUGUCGAUAUCUGAAAAUGCAAAUGUAUAAUAAUUAAUCUGAUCCCAAGAGUUUUAUUUUACAAGGAUUUAAAUAACAUUUUAUAAUUUAUAAAAUUGUUUUAUUUUAUGUAAAAUUAUGUCUUGUGAAUUUUGUUAUGUACUGUAUUCACAGUACAAUAAUAAAAUAACGAUCUGUAUGCUAAUUUGAUGUAUUUGAGGUGUAAAUAAUAUAGUAUAAUAUAGAAAUGUAUAUAUAUAGUAUA